CCACGAGUACGGGCCCGUUUGAACGAGGGCUUCAAAGUUCAAAAUUCGGAGUUAGGCUUUAAGGGCUACAAGAAAGGGGAUCUGAAGUUCCCGCCUUCACUUCAAUUCACACAGAACCAUGGGGAAGAAGGUGAAGAAGCUGGAUACGGGAAACACCAUAUCGGGCCAUGGCUAUGGAGAAGCAGGGAGUCUCAAGGCGAACAUCACAAAAUCCGAAAACCCUAAGAAAAACGAGAAAAUGACAGUGAAGAUUCAAGUUCUGAGUCAAAGCGCACAAAAAAUUCCUCCGAUUGUAGGGUACUUUCCAUCUGGUUUCGAUCCGUUGAAGGAAAGUAUGGAGGACGACGAGACGGAGAACACCAGUGGACCGGUAAGCAGGGUUAGUUUGUUCAAAAACACAAAAAGGACCAAUAGGUUUCAGCUCGUCGUGAGCGGGUCUCAGGUGAAUUUCGUCGGUACAAAUUUUUCCGGCGAUGCCACGGCGGCGCAGAGCUGUAGCUACUCUAUUGGGGUGCUGGACAAGGAGACUCGGACGCUUAAGAUCGUUCCUAUUGCUGGCAACAUGGUAAAAUUGUUAUCUUUUUCGCGAGGACUAAAUCUGGACAAGAAGCUUGAAACACUACGUCAAGGUGUGAAUGCUGGUGGAGGAGAUCUUGUAAUAGAAGAGAGAAAACUCAUAAAUCAAGAUGCACUUGAAGAAGUUCCUUUCACGGAUGAUUAUGACCGGAAUAUCCCACCGUACGAUUUGGCUGCCACUACACCCGAGACAGCAUAUCCCCUGCACAAGAUCAUAUUCAAGGGAGAAUGGGAUUACCUUACAGAUAUCUUUGACCUUUCGGAAGCUGGAGAGCGCAUUAGUCCUGAUGCUUAUCCAAGCUUUGUUUGCAACAGAAUGCAUACUUUGGCUGACAUUAAGAGUGAAGAGGAGCGGCGAAAGCUGGCUGGAAUCUUUUCAUAUAUCACUCAUCUUAUCAAGUUCAAGGACAAACACUCCAUGGAUGGUUUUCAAUCUGCCAAGAAUCACAGAUUUCCUAAGAUGUUGUUCCAGAAGUUCUCUUCAAUGUUUUGUGUGCCAGAAUCCAAACGACUUCCCAAUGAAAAAGUUGAUCUCCUCAUCAGUUAUGUGCUCGUGCUUACACUAUAUGCUGACAACUUCCGCUCCAAUCCAUCCGACAUAGCCAAAGACCUUAGAACAAUAACUGGACAUUUAAGGCCUCGUCUUGAGUUGCUGGGUUGCAAUUUUGUUCGUGACGAGAAAAGAGGUCAUCUGGCCACCCUCUCUGUUCCCCUCACAUUCCCAACAGUAAAGAGGAAGAGAAAGCGAGGGUAGAUAUUUGGUGUUUUGUUUUUCUGUGCUCUAGAAAAACCAUCUAGAAAGUCAUGUAAGUGACAUUUAUUUUGAGAGAAUUGUUGCCAUGCAUGUGAGGGGAAGCUCUGUUUGGUUAAUGUUACCUUUCUACACAUAUUUGAGUUAGUAUCAACAACCAGGCUAGGGGUGCACCAAAAAAUGUACCCCAAUUUGUACUCCAAGAAAUACACUGAUAUUUU